CAGAAAUGUUCAUAACAAUCGAAAAACUUCUGAGAGUAACACUAUUUCCCAAAUUCACAAAUAUCACAAGCGAAACUUUUAUGAAUAUUGCUUCAGCUAUGAGUUAUUUCAAAGAAAACCAACAACUUGCUGUAUCAAAUAAUACCCAUUCAGAGUUAUUGCAUUGGGCUGAAGAACGUCAAGAUCAAUUUGUGAGCUUAUCAAUGGCUUUGAAACAGAAAGUCUUCAAUAUGUACAAGAAAUUGGAAGCAUUGCUGCAGUUGGAGGAAACGUUACGAGGGCGUUAUCUAUUUACCUAUAAAGUGGACUAUAACCGUGCAAAAGGUAUUCUCAAGAGACAACGCAAUAGAUUUUUGAUGGAAUUAAAGAAAUCCAUUUAUGAUUUGGACUAUCUUGAAGAUCAUAUUAUGCUCAAUUAUCUGAUGGUAUUGAGGUUGAAAACUUUGGGACAGUCUGCAUAAAACAAAUGGUAUUAAGUCCUCAAAAAUUCAGAGCUAUUGCAAGAGAUGCCUAUACACGAACCAUUGCAGAGCCCGCACUGGCAACGCUGUUUCGCAGUGUUGACUGUUGUCAGUGUUGCCCGAUAAUCAAUAGAAAUUCGUCAUACUUUGUUUUGGUUUACAAGAAAUUGGAAACAUUGCUGCAGUUGGAGGAAACGUUACGAGGACGUUAUAUAUUUACCUAUAGAGUGGACUAUAACCGUGCAAAAGGUAUUCUCAAGAGACAACGCAAUAGAUUUUUGAUGGAAUUAAAGAAAUCCAUUUAUGAUUUGGACUAUCUUGAAGAUCAUAUUAUGCUCAAUUAUCUGAUGGUAUUGAGGUUGAAAACUUUGGGACAGUCUGCAUAAAACAAAUGGUAUUAAAUCCUCAGAAAUUCAGAGCUAUUGCGAGAGAAGUCUAGACACGAACCAUUGCAGAGCCCGCACUGGUAACGCUGUUCUGUUGUCAGUGUUGCCAGAUAAUAAAUAGAAAUUUGUCAUACUUUGUUUUGGUUUACAUUUGUGGAAAAUCAUUUAAUAUUUAUUUAUUAAAUUACUUGCCCACAUUUGUGUGUCCAUGUGGUAAAUGAGAAACGGUCAUAACAAGAGAAAUACAAGCCCAUAUUAAAGGCUAAAACAAACCAAACAACUCGAAAGUUGUUGUGACUGUGUUUCCUCUGUUUGUGUGUGUGUAUUUGUGUGGGCGCUGUAACCACAAAAACAACAACAAUGGUUGGAAUUAUUGAUGAGGCGCAGCUGUUUUAUCCAUUGGGCACACGCAUUAAAAUAGCCAAUAAUUAUGGCACAGUGAAAUAUGUGGGCGAGGUGAGUGGUCAUAUGGGAACCUGGCUGGGUAUCGAGUGGGAUGAUGGAAUGCGUGGCAAACACAAUGGCAUAGUAGAGGGCAAACGUUAUUUCCAAACCCAAUUGCCCACAGCGGGCAGUUUCAUACGUCCUGGCAAGGUUGGUCCUUGUGCCACUUUGGAGGAUGCUGCCCGGGAGCGUUAUGUCAACUAUGAUUCCAGCAAUGUGGAUGCCAGUCUGAUACGCGAGGCCCAAGCCAACUUACAGGCCUCACUCUUUGAGGUGGUGGGCAUGGAUAAGAUUGCACGCAAGCAAAGCAAAUUCGAGCAAUUGUCAGAGAUAAGUGUGGAUGAGACACCCGUAAAUGCAGCUGGUUACCUUAAAGAUCUAAUGCAUUUGACCACCUUGAAUGUGAGUCAUACAUUGAUCUGGAACUGGGAGAUUGUGGCCAGUAUAGCCCAGCAAUUGCCUGCUUUGAAUAAUUUAAAUUUGAGCUCUAAUCGUUUGGUUUUGCCCACAACUAAACAAAUUGCUGAAUUGGAGCCAUCUUUUCGUCAAUUGAAGCACAUAAAUUUGCGUAAUUGUGGCUUCGCCGAUUGGCAGGAUGUCAUGCAGACGGCUCUGCUGUGGCCAGACAUCAUAUCAUUGGGACUCCAAGAGAACUCUCUAAGUCAACUGUCUGUGGUGAACUGUGAAAGCAUUUUCAGGCAACUCCAGGAACUGGACUUGCAUCGUACAAAUUUAAUGGACUUUGAUCAAGUGUGCAAAUUGGGAAAUAUACGUACUUUACGUUCCCUGAAUCUCAUGGAGAAUGGUAUAGAGGAGAUUAAGUUACCAGAAUGUGAUCCGCAAUUAAAACUAAACAUAUUCAUGUCACUGGAGCAGCUCAAUCUAUUACACAAUCCCAUUUGGAAUGAGGCGGAUGCGUUUAAUGAAUUGGACAAAUUGCCACAACUAAAGCGUCUGAGCAAGACGCCGCAUUUGAAAUCGAAUUUUGAUGAAAUGGUCUCCAAGGCAGUGGCUAGCAUAGCCAAUUUACAAUAUAUCAAUCGGGCUGAGGUUAUGCCAGAUGAAAGACGUGGCGCAGAGUAUGAUAUCUGGAAGAAAUAUGCUGUCGAUUGGUUGCAGGCCACGCAACAGGGAGCAGAUGCUUUAAGGGAGUUCUGCAGAAAGCAUCGCACAUAUCCUUUGCUGGUCAAAAAAUAUGGCUCUCCAAUUGAUUUUGUGCCUCGUCCUCAAAUCAAGCAAUCCAAUCUAAUUAAAGUUCGUAUACUCCAUAAAUCAAGUGGCCAAUUUUGGGAGAAAAAGGUGCCACGGAUGAUUACAGUACAAACACUGCAGGGAUUGGUUAUGAAACAUUUCCAUUUGGCUGGGAAUACACCACAACUCUGUUAUAUUGAUGCCAAACAUCCAGAAUUGGUCGUCCCAUUGGAUAAUAAUGCCAAAACAUUGGAUUUCUAUUCCGUGCAGGAGCAUGACACAGUUUUGGUUCAGUGAAAAAUUUGAUUCUUCCUAGCUUAUCCAAUUUUCUUUGGUAUUUCCUUGUGGUAUUUUAGUCUUAAAAUUGAAAAUGUCUAAAUUCAAAAAGUUUCUAUUGAUUAAUUAUUAUAAUUUUCGAAUCCUGUGACUGGAUCUUGAUAUCCCAGCAAUUGCUUUUUGCAACAAAAAUUAACAGUGUUAUUGUUUAGGUACACACAUAAGUUCAAAUUUCCAUUAUGCAAUUAAACGCAAUAUUUAUA